AUGGGCGCGCUCUCUAACGGACGUUUCCUCUCCAUGACGGGCCUCCUGCUUCUGGUUUGUUGCGCGGCACGCGUGAUCUCUAAAGGCGCCGCGGGUGACGCUCAGCCUGACGCCCUUCCUUCGGCUCAGGGCACACUGCCGCACUUCAUCCAGGAGCCGGAGGACGCCUACAUAGUCAAGAGCAACCCCAUCAAGCUGCGCUGUCGAGCCGCGCCCGCCUUACAGAUCUUCUUCAAAUGCAACGGAGAAUGGGUGCACCAGAACGAGCACUUCUCCCAUGAGUAUAAAGACCUCAACACCGGGCUGAAGGUGCGCGAGGUGAUGAUCAACGUGACCCGUCAGCAGGUUGAAGAUUUCCAUGGCCCCGAGGACUACUGGUGUCUGUGUGUGGCCUGGAGCCACCUCGGCACCUCCAAGAGCCGCAAGGCUACUGCCCGCAUCGCCUACCUGAGGAAAAACUUCGAGCAGGACCCCCAGGGGAAGGAGGUGCCAAUCAAUGGGAUGAUCGUACUGCACUGCCGCCCUCCGGAGGGAGUGCCUGUGGCGGAGGUCGAAUGGCUAAAAAACGAGGAGCUGUUGAGCUCCCUGACUGAUGACAACAUCGACACCCGAGCCGACCACAACCUCAUCAUCAACGAGGCGCGCCUGUCCGACUCGGGCAACUACACCUGCCUGGCCAGCAACAUAGUGGCAAAGCGACGCAGCGCCACGGCCGCUGUGAUAGUCUUCGUGAACGGCGGCUGGUCCCUGUGGACAGAGUGGUCGGCGUGUAAUGUGCCGUGUGGGCGGGGCGUCCAGAAGCGAUCUCGGACCUGUACUAACCCGGCUCCCCUGAACGGAGGCGCUUUCUGCGAGGGCAUGUCGGUGCAGAAGAUCAGCUGCAACGCUCUAUGUCCAAUUGAUGGAGGCUGGGACGAGUGGAGCGAGUGGACCAUAUGCAGCGGUCAGUGCGAGAAGCAGCGGAGUCGGGAAUGCAACUCGCCUGCACCCAGACACCGAGGGAAGACGUGUGAAGGGAGCAGAGAGGCCACUGAGAACUGCACAGAUGGACUCUGUACCCAGAAUCGAAAGCUGCUACAUGACGUAAAACCUCAAAGUAUGGACAGCUCCAAUGAUGUAGCGCUGUACUCGGGCCUGGGAGCCGGCAUCAUUGCCGUGGCAAUCCUCGUGGUGGCCGUCAUGCUGUACAGGAAGAACCACAGCGAGUACGGCGUGGACGUCAUCGACUCCUCUGCCCUCACAGGAGGGUUCCAGUCUUUCAACUUCAAAACCACCAGACAAGGCAACCCGCUGCUUCUCAACUCCUCGAUGCAGCCUGACCUAACGGUGGGACGGACGUACAGCACUCCCCUCUGCUUCCAGGACAGCACGGACAAAGAGCUCUUUGACCCCCUGCCAGACAUCAAGGUCAAAGUUCAGAGCUCCUUCAUGGUCUCGCUGGGUGUGGCUGAGCGGGCGGAGUUCCACGCAAAAGCUCCCGCCGAGACCUUCCCGCGAGACCUGGGCCGGGAUUACAGCAGCACCAUGGACAGACGCAAGAAGGGCCUGCUCACGCUCAACGGACCCAUCAGCUCCAGUAAAGAGAAGCUGAGGACCACGGGUGUGUUCGGCCACCCCGGAGGACGCCUGGUGGUGCCCAACACCGGGGUCAGCCUGCUGGUGCCUCAUGGAGCCGUGGCUGAAAACAUGUCCUGGGAGAUGUACAUGGUGAUCAAUCAGGGAGAAGCAAGUGUCCAAACACUGGAAGGCUGUGAAAUCCUUCUGGGCCCAGAGGUGACAUACGGUCCUCCAGGCCUGGACCUCUUCUGCCCAGUGGCCAUGACCAUCGCUCACUGCGCCGAGGUGGACGCCGAGAACUGGAACAUCCAGCUUAAGAGGAAAACCCAGGACAGCAAAUGGGAGGAAGUGAUGUCGAUAGAGGAGGAGUCCACUUCCUGUUACUGCCUAAUGGACUCAUCGAGCUGCCACUUGCUGCUGGACCAGCCGGGCUCGUACGCCCUGGUGGGCGAGCCUCUGACGCAGGCUGCCGUCAAGAGGCUGAAGCUGGCUGUGUUUGGGAGCAUGGAGGCCGGCUCCAUGAACUACAGCCUGCGGGUGUACUGUGUGGACGACACACCACACGCCUUUCAGGGAGUGGUGGCAGCAGAGAAAACCAGAGGGGGUCAGCUCCUCGAGGAGCCAAAGAUGUUGCCUUUCCGAGCGAACACCUUCAGCCUGCAGGUGUCCAUCCAGGAUGUUCCCCAGUUCCUGUGGAAUAUCAAACCCUUUACCACAUGUCAGGAAUUCUCCUUCCCCCAAGUUUGGUGCAGCAACCAGCAGCCCCUGCACUGUGCCUUCUCUCUGGAGAGAUACAGCCCCGCCACCGCCCAGCUCUCCUGCAAAAUCAGCGUGCGCCAGGUCAAGGGCCACGAGCAGAUUCUGCAGGUCUACACGGCCGUGGACGAGACGGAAAAGGAGUCGGUUCCAUUUUUUAUGCAGACAGACUGCACCAUCACAUCCCAGACGGGGCCCAAGGCCUUCAAAAUCCCCCUAUCCAUCCGCCAGAGGAUCUGUGCCACCUUCGACACUGCCAACGCCAAGGGCAAGGACUGGCAACUCUUAGCCCAGAAACUCCACUUAGACCGAAACCUGGGUUAUUUUGCAAAGCAGCAGAGCCCAUCUGCAGUCAUACUGAGCCUGUGGGAGGCUCGCCAUCAGGACACUGCUGACCUUGACUCUCUAGCCAGCGCCCUGGAGGAGAUUGGCAAGAUCCACUCCAAAAGCCCCCCCCAGGACCGGGAUGAGCCGGAGUCUGACUUCAAUCACAUAGAGGUGGGCAGUCUGUGUGGAACAGGCAAACUAACAGGCGAGAAGACAGAGGACCCUACUCCUGAAUAUACGGGCUGA